AUGAUAAAUAUUUACCUAAUAUUAUUUUACCUUGUUUUAAUUUGCGCACAAAAUUCAUAUGCGAAAAAAAUAAAAAAAUAUGAAUACAUAAAUUUAUUAUCAGAUAAAGAUUAUACAGAAAAACUUAAUAAUUUAAGAAAAAUAUAUAAUACAAAAGACAGCAAUGUGGGCUUAAAAAAUAAAUAUAUUUAUUCUUUUUAUGGAGCUUCAGGAUAUAACAAAAAAAAAAUUUUAGAAAAUUUAUUUAACAUUCCUCCUAUCACAGAUACAUCAAAUGAUACUACUAGUUUGGAUACAAAUUUCAUAAAUUUAGGGUUUAAACAAAAGUUCGAUUUAUGGUUUGGAUAUGAUAAGAAUAAUAAUUUUAAUGUUGUACUGAAUUUAGAUAUAUUAGAAAAUAAAGAAAUAUUAGAUAAUGGUAAUAAAAUAAUAUAUAAUUAUGAAAGAUUAAUAAAUUUUAUCCUUGAAACAACAAAUAGCAUUAUAAUACCUCUAUCUAGGGAUGACAUAAAAUUAAAAAAAUUAUUUGAAAAAAACGAGACAUCACAAGAGCAUGGAGGGGAAGGUAAUGACAAAGGAAUGAAAAAUGACAAAUCGAAAGGAAUGAAAAAUGACAAAUCGAAAGGAAUGAAAAAUGAUAAAUCGAAAGGAAUGAAAAAUGAUAAAUCGAAAGGAAUGAAAAAUGAUAAAUCGAAAGGAAUACAAAAUGAUAAAUCGGGUAAUACUUAUGAAAAUGGUAAAUCGGGUAAUACUUAUGAAAAUGGUAAUAAUACUGAUUUGAAAACAAACUCCGUAAUAUUUAAUUUUCCAUCAAAAAUCGAACUAUUUUUAAAAUGCCUAAAUGAAAGAAAAAAAAAUGUGCAUAUAUAUUUUGUUCUUUUAGAAGAUUUGAAUGAUGAUAAAAGCAAACAAUCACAAUAUAUUUUUUCAAAUUUUGUGACGGGAAUAAAAAAUAAAUUUAACAAUUUGAAUAAUAUAUACUUAAUGAAACAAAAUAAAAUAGAUUUAAAUAUGAUACAAAAAAAUAAUCUACAUAAAUAUAAAUUUUUAGUAGAUAAUGUAGAAAAGGAAAUAACCAAAAUGGGUAGUUUUAAAAAUUUUUCUAAAUUUAAUCAAAAAUGUGUAUAUAAUAUAUAUGCUAUAGAAGAAGCAUAUAAUAAAACCUUAAAUCAUUUUGAUUCUAUAUAUUUUAAAUAUGAACAAAAUAUAAUUAAUGGAGGUGUUAUAAAAAAUUACGGAUAUUUGUCUAAUGAAUUAUUAAAAGGUGCAUUAUUUUUUUUCCAUAUUUUAACACUUAAUCAAACAGGAAUAAAACUAAAAAAUGUGAUAAUGGAAAAAUUGGAAAAUAUAUUUAAAGCACUAAUAUAUAAACAAAUGUUAAAACAGUUAUUAAAUUUACAAGAUAUAUAUUUAAAUAAAGCAAAAAAUAUUAUAUUAAAUAAUAAUUAUAUAAAAAGUGAAAAAGAAUUGAUUGAAAAUAAAAAAAAUAAUAAAAUAAAAUAUUUUAAAAAUAUACUACUAAAAGAACUUAAAGAAGAUAUCAAAAGUUUAGUAUACCCAAAUGAAGAAACUGAUCAAAAUUAUGCAACACAAAAUUUUGAUAAAUCGUUAAAUGAAUUUGUAAAACAAUUUGAAGAAAAACUAGAGACUAUUAUGAAUAAUUAUAACGAAUUAAAUAAAAGCCCAUUAAAAAAAAUGUUUGAAAAAAAAAAAAAUGAAAAAAAAAAUGAUGAGAAUAAUAAAAAUAAAUUAACGAGGUUGGUGAAAUGGCUUAGCCCAUCUUUAAAUUUUAAUCUGACCUUAACAUCACUAAUUAGAAAAAGUGGAUAUGGAAAUCUUCAAAGUUAUUUUAUUUAUGAUUUAGGAAUGCUGACAUUAGUUUUUGGAUUAUUAAAUGAUCGAGACACAUUUGAUGUUCAGAAAAAUCCUGGAAAAGUUCCAUUUUUUAAAUUUCAGCCAAAAAUUAAUUUGAAACUAAAUUUUAAUUAA